AUGUUAACUUAUCCAUUUGAUUUUCAUUUUACAUCAGCUAUUGUUUGUCGAGUUGCAGCGAGUUUAAAAGAUGCAGCUUUAUGUCAACGAGAAAUAAGAGAAGUUAUUAAUAUUGAAAAAGCUAGAAGACAACAUCAAGAAUAUAUUGCUAUCUUAAGAAAACUUGGUUUAGAUGUUAUUGAAUUACAAGCUGAUGAAUCAUUACCUGAAGGAGUAUUUGUUGAAGAUACAGCAGUGAUUUGUGAUGGAAUUGCACUGAUAUGUCGACCUGGUAUACCUGGAAGAUUGAAAGAAGUUGAAGUUAUUCGAACAAUACUUAGACGAGAAGGUCUUACUAUAAUUGAUAUCAAAGAUCCAUUAGCGACUAUUGAUGGAGGAGAUGUACUUUUUACUGGUCGUGAAUUUUUUGUUGGUUUAUCAAAAACUACAAAUAUGGCGGGUGCUAAAGCAGUAGCAUCUGCAUUUCCUGAAUAUCCAGUAACAUUACUCAGAAUAAAGAAAGGUGCACAUUUGAAAAAUUUUGUAUCAAUGGUCGCUAUGGAUACAAUGGCCAUCGGUAAAUCUGAUAUAGCGAAAGAUCUUCUUCGUCAAAUGGAAGAAAAUAGUGAAUAUAAAUCAUAUAAAGUAAUAUCACUUCGUGAUGAUCCAGCUGCAAAUUGUUUAUGGAUUAAUGGAACUGUUUUACAUUUACCUAUGGAUCAUCGAUAUGGAGAAAGCAUUCGAAUUUUAACUAGUCGACUUGGUCCAACAGUAUCUCAUGCUGAAUUAUUGAAUAGUGAAUUUGCUAAAAUUGAUUGUGUUCUUUCCAGUCGAUGUCUUCUAUUCAAUCGACCAUAA